AGCCUAUUGUGAUUGAAUUUUUCUAUCCCCAAUGGAAUAGAUAUAAAUUAUGCGAUGGAAUUGUGGUCGGAUAAAAUGAAUUCAAUAUUCUAUUCAAUAUGGUAUCAUGUAGUGGAGAUUUUUGGAGCACCACGCUCUCUCUAUAGUGAAGAUUGAUGGAUGAGGGAGAGGGAUGGAGCACUUGACAGUGGUGUUAGACUUUUGACUUGUUAUGGAUGAUGAGAAUUUUCUAGCCACAAUUCCAUUGUUUCGUUUGUAGAUAUUAAUUUGUAGCCACAAUUCCAACAAUUUAAACAAACUAGAGCACUAAACGCAGAUUCAGUGACUUGUUAAAGGUAACAGUGUUAUGGAGACUCGUAAAUUAUCUGAUGCAUAAAUUGCCUUAAUACUUGAGGACAUCUUGCACAACUACAGGUUCGAAACAAUGUGUAUUCUUUACCUAAUAGCUGCAAGGACUCGUAGCAGAACGCGAAGUCGACGAGCAGCGACUAGAAAAGCACUCACCAUAAUAAGUCGGAUGCCAACUCAAGUUAAGCACAUGGAUAGGUUAGUGGGAGUCACAGAUGUCGAUUGUGUGGACAACCUCCGAAUGGACCGUAACACGUUUGGGAGGUUAUGCCAGUUACUUAGACACAUAGGAGGUCUUAAGGAUGGGAAAUAUGUUCUUGUGGAGGAGCAAGUAGCUAUAUUCUUAGGUAUCGUAGCACACCAUAAAAAGAAUAGGAUUGCUAAAUUUGAUUUUUGGAGAUCAGGACAGACAAUAUCUCACUAUGUACAUCGUGUUCUAAAUGCGAUUUUAAAGAUGCACACCCUUUUUUUGGUGAAGCCUGACCCAAUAACCGACGAUUGCCUUGAUCCACGAUGGAAGUGGUUUAAGGGUUGUCUGGGAGCCCUUGAUGGGACGUAUAUCAACAUGCUUGUGCCUAAUACAGACCAGCCAAGGUAUCGGACACGGAAGGGACAAAUAUCGACAAACACAUUGGCUGUGUGUGAUCGAUAUAUGAGGUUUGUUUAUGUUUUACCGGGAUGGGAAGGCUCGGCUGCAGAUUCUAGAGUACUUCGUGACGCAGUCAAUCGGGUUCAUGGUUUGCGAGUACCAAAAGGGAAUUAUUACUUGUGCGACAAUGGGUACGCAAACAACAAUGGGUUCUUGACUCCAUACAAAGCUAUACGUUACCAUUUCAAGGAUUGGGGCCCUAUUGCAGAAAUGCCGCAGAACCCAAAGGAAAUAUUUAACAUGAGACACACCAGAGCACGUAAUGUAAUUGAGAGAGCCUUUGCUGUGCUAAAAAUGCGUUGGGGAAUUCUGCGUAGUGCAGCAUUCUACCCGGUUAAAGUCCAAAUUCGGUUAAUUAUGGCUUUUUUUUGCUUCAUAAUUUUAUUCGCUCUGAGAUGACAUCUGAUCCAAUAGAGCAAGAAAUAGAUGGUGUUGAAGGUGAUGAGGAUGUUGAGCAUGAUGUCGAAGUAAUAGAAUUUGUGGAUGGGGUAGAACCAUCAACGGAGUGGAACCAAAAACGUGAAGAAAUGGCGCAAGCCAUGUGGAACCAUAGACAUGGUGUCGGGGCAUGAUGACACGAUGUUGGUGUUGGAUUGCAGUUGUGUAGGGGAAAAUGUCUUUAGUGUUUGGGCAAGGCUGCACAAUCAUGGUGCAAUGGCUCCAGAAAGAAUUUGAAGUCCAGCUAGUUCUAAUGUUCAUAUCUAUUGUGCUUGAAUUAUUUAGAUUUGCAAUAGGUAGUGGAACUAGUAUAUAAUAUUAUUAUUUCUCCAUUUUUAUAUUUAUGUUUUGCUGAACAAGUUAAACAUGAUGUCCAUUUUUGUAGUUUAUGAACUUUUUUACUUUUAAUGAAUGGUCGUUGCUUUC